UUGGGGGUGCAGGGCUGGGGUGGGGGCCCAGGGUGGGCCAUGCCAAGCACUGUUCUUCCUCACCCUGAGCCCCACGACGAGAGCCAGGCCACUUCUUCCCUGGGCUGGGCAGCAGCACUUCCCAGUGUGAGCCACCAGGGGGCGCAUGGCCCUGGCGUUUCCUCCUGGGAGCCCUGGUACCUCUUCAGCCCGGCGGGUGUCCAGCCUCACCAUAACCAGCACACACUGAGGUGAAGCUGAGGUCUGGGUGGGGGUGGGAUUGGGCAAGAGGCUGGAGCAAAACAUGUUGGUCAGGGCCAGGCCCAGGGGGCUUUCCAAGCAGAAACCCAGAGUGAAACCCAAGCUGUGAUCCAUUCCAGAAGGAAGCCCGGUUCUCAGGGAUCCAUGAACUGGAAGAGGUCGCCAAAUCCCCAGGGGUCAGGGCUUGGGCCAGCACCCCAGGGAGGGUGGCUCUGGGUGGGGGAGAACCACAAGACGCGGCACCCAGCCUCCCCCACCGGGGCCAGCCCCUCCCUCCCUCAGGGCCUCCUAACUCAUCCUUUAUACACAGUUGUAACGCCCAAGGUGAGGUGCUGGGAAAGACCUGGGGAGGCGGGCAGGGGUGAGGGCGUCCCAGCACGACAGCAAGACAUCCCGCUGCCUAGUGAGCACCAGUGGGGGCCCCUGAGGGCAGGGGCACAGGGCUGGGAGAGCCCAGGUUUGGGCUCUCCUUCAUGAGGCAGAAAAUCCUGAUGCUUCCAAAGUGCCCACAGGGAAACAGGGUGUUGGUCUGCAGAGUGCUCCCAUGUCUGAGCCUUGAGCCCUGGAGGGUGGCAUCUUUGGGGUCCCUGGGGCAUGGGGGGACAAGAUGGAGGCUGAGCUGGUGGGGUGGGCAGGUCUCUCCUCAGCCCUCAUUUUAGCCCCAGAGGAAAGGGGAGAAGACUGAGGCCUGAGGGGCGGGCCUUGCUCCAGCGGAGGUGGGGGCUGGCCUGGAACUCCCUGGGCCCCAGCACGUGGACAGGGUGCACCCCAGUUCCCCAGCCGUUAUGGGGUUCAGCUCCCCCCUGGAGCCUUGGCUUCCCCUCUCUUUCCCGCCCCUCAUCUCCUGGACACGGAUGUCCAGGGCCCUUCCUGGCUGUGCCUCCCUGAUCGUACUUCUGGCCAGCCCAGCACAAUGCCUGUUCCUUCCCUGGGCCUUCGCUCUAGCAGCCCCUGCAUCCUGGCCUCUGCCUGACCAGGAAGGCUGGGGAGAGGGGGCGUUGUUCCACCCUGACCCUGCCGACCUCUCUGUCCCUGCUUCCUCUGCCUCCCGGGCUGGCCCUGGCCCAGGAAUGCACUCUGGUUCCUGGUUGAGCAAUGUCACUGUGGUUUGGGGGUCCGGUGGGGGUGGUGGGAGGUGACCGCAGCCCUCCCCACCCCCCAAGGGUGCCCCAGUAGCCCCUCCAGCUCAGGCUGGCAGGGGCUUCGGAAAGGGGGGCCUGGCAGGCUCUGUGGCUGUGUGGGCACGUGUCUCAGUUUCUCUGCUGUGCCAGAAGGGGUAAAGAGACCUGGGGAGGGCAAAGCUCAGCUGGAAAGGAAGCUGGGAGAACGUGGGGGCUCUGGGGGUGGGAGUCCAGCCCCUGCACCCUGGGCCUUGCUGAGUCUCGUCAAAGGGGGCACCUCGGGGAGCCCCCACUCUCCCAGCCACCUCCCAGCUGGGCACCCUGAGGCUUGGGCAGGGCAGGGUGCAGGCCGGUGCCCCCAGGAGAGGAGGUGCUGUCAGCUCAGGAAGAGGGAAGCAGACAUUUCACCAGGGAUGGGCAGAGAUGCAGGUGGAAGGGAAGCCCGCUCCCUGAGGCCCAGUGGCAUUUCCGGGACAGCAGGCCCCAGGGGUGGACAGUCCGGUGGGCACUGUGUGCCAAGGGCUGGACGCAGACCCUGUCUUCAUUCCCCACACAGAAGUCUUGUCCUGGGCAUUUGGUGUUCCAGUCGCCUCCCCUGAGCAGACAGGGAAGCCAAGUCCCCUCUUGGUCACCCCUGGCCACCCCCCUGCCCUGGCUUCAGCUGAGCUGGGACUUGAACUCGGGUCCUGAUUGACAUUGCCUUGGGUCCCCCUGUGUCUGCCUCUGGUCCCCUUUAGCCCCAGUGUCCUCUGGCUCUGAGGAUGCUGCGGUGAGCUGCGGCUGGGUGGGGCCCCAUGAAGAGGAGGUGAGUUGGGGUUCUGCCCUGGCCCCCUGCCCCACUGAGCCUGAUCCAGGGGAGGGUCCUGGGAGGCCUGCACCCCAGCUUCCCCUGGGAAGCCAAGCAGGCACCAAGUCCUCACACACACAGGACAGGACGGGACAGGGUAGCCCUGGGCAUUGGCAGCCGGUGGGAGGGGUGAUUGUACCAAGGCUUUCAGGGGACAAGCGGUGGGAACAGCAGUGAGGGAGUUAAUGGCAGCCGCUGACUCCUCUCUGGCAGGAAAAAGUCCCCAUAGACACCCUGCUGCCUGGCGUCUUGCCAGGGCCAAGACAGGGGCUGAAAACUGGAAGUCCAGGCGGGUGGCCAGCUCUGCCUCUGAGGUGGGCGCUGGAGGAAGGCAGCAGCCCCGCUGCCAGCCGCCCAUCCACAUUCCCACCUGUCCGCCUGGCUGCCCGCUGUUCGCCUGGAAACCUGUCUGUCUAUCUAUCUGUAAUCCUGACUCUGUCCGCUUGUCCAUCUGACCGUCCUUCUCUGUCCAGCCAUCUGGCUGUCAAUCCAUUUGUUUGUCUCUGGCUCCGGUCUAUUUGUCCAUCUGUCCCAUCAUCUGUGAGUCCAUCUGCUCAUCUUGUUGUCCAUUCAUCCACCUGUCUCUCUGUAUCUCUCCGCCCACUGGUGUGUGUGCCCACUUACCUCCUCUCUCCCCCUGGACCACAGAGCCAUGGCCCAGGGCCACGGGGCCAUGGUCAGCAUGGUCCUGCUGGGGCUGGGGCUGGCGCUGGCCAUCACUGUGCCUAUCGUGGUCGUCUCUUGGCACCGUGUCCACUGUGGCCCCCAGGCCUUUGCCCAUGCUGCGGUUGCUGCGGACUCUAAGAUCUGCUCGGACAUUGGACGAGCCAUCCUCCAGCAGCACGGCUCACCUGUGGAUGCCACCAUCGCGGCUCUGGUCUGCACCGGGGUUGUCAACCCCCAGAGCAUGGGCCUGGGUGGAGGGGUCAUCUUCACUAUCUACAAUGCGUCCACAGGGAAGGUGGAGGUCAUCAACGCCAGGGAGACGGUACCCGCCAGCCACGUCCCAGGUCUGCUGGACCAGUGCAAGCAGGCCCAGCCUCUGGGCACAGGUGCCCAGUGGAUCGGGGUGCCUGGGGAGCUCCGUGGCUACGCUGAGGCCCACCACCGCCACGGCCGCCUGCCCUGGGCGCAGCUCUUCAGGCCCACCAUCGCGCUGCUCCGGGGGGGCCUCCGCGUGCCCCGCAUCCUCAGCCGCUUCCUGCGUAGCAGCUACCUGCGCCCUUCCCUGCACGCAUCGUCCCUGAGGCAGCUCUUCUUCAAUGGGACAGAACCCCUGAGUCCUCACGACCCACUCCCGUGGCCCGCGCUGGCCGCCACCUUGGAGACCGUGGCUGCGGAAGGCGCAGAGGCCCUCUACACAGGGAGGCUGGGCCAAAUGUUGCUGGAGGACGUUGCCAAGGAAGGGAGCCGGCUGACCCCGCAGGACCUGGCAUCAUUCCGGCCUGAGGUGGUGGACGCCCUGGAGGUGCCCCUGGGGGACUACACCCUGUACUCACCGCCACCGCCUGCAGGGGGCGCGAUUCUCAGCUUUGUCCUCAAUGUGCUCAAAGGGUUCAACUUUUCCGCGGAGUCAGUGGCCAGGCCCGAGGGGAGGGUGAACUUGUACCAUCACCUCGUGGAGACGCUCAAGUUUGCUAGGGGGCAGAGGUGGCGGCUGUGGGACCCUCGAAGCCACCCGGAGGUCCAGAACGCCUCCCAGGACCUGCUGGGGGAGGCUCUGGCCCAGCACAUCCACCAGCAGAUCGACACCCGGGGUGACCACCAGCUCAGCCACUACAGCCUGGCCGAGACCUGGAGCCAUAGGAUGGGCACGGCCCACGUGUCCGUGCUGGGGGAGGAUGGCAGCGCUGUGUCUGCCACCAGCACCAUCAAUACGCCCUUUGGAGCCAUGGUGUACUCACCGCGCACGGGCAUCCUCCUCAACAACGAGCUCCUGGACCUGUGCUGGAGGCACCGGCGGGGCUCCGGAGUCACCCCCCCUCCUGUUCCAGGUGAGCGGCCCCCUUCAUCCAUGGUCCCCUCCAUCUUGGUCAACGCAGCCCAGGGGUCGAAGCUGGUGAUCGGCGGGGCUGGCGGGGAGCUCAUCAUCUCUGCUGUGGCCCAGGCCAUCAUGAACAAGCUGUGGCUGGGCCUUGACCUGCAAGCUGCCAUUGCAGCCCCCAUCCUGCACGUGGACAGCAAGGGCCGGGUAGAGUACGAGCCCAGCUUCAGCCAGGGUCCUCUCCAUGGCAGGAGGACUUGAUGCUCUCCCAGGACUCAUCCUCUUAGGCCCUUCUCCUUGACCUUGACUGAAGGUCUUUACUCUGUGAACACCAUUCUCCAAGGACCUCAACUCUGAGAAUUUGGACCUGACAGCCUGGAAUCCAGAGAACCCCGAGCCCACGGCCCUCAGCUCCCUGGAAGGUUAGAGUGUUGGCCACACAGGUCAGGACCUCCCAUGGAGAACAUCUGAGGCACUGGGUGGAGACCUUGAGUCUCCAAGGGCCCUCAGAGCCAAGGCCCAGGCCUGAGGCCAGGAGGGUCCUUGUUCCUCAGGGCCUUGGAGUUUGGCCACUACGACGCUAAAGAAUAGUCUCCGAGGACCACAGGUCCUGCUGUGGCUGUGAGGAGCUGGGCCUUCCAACCUAAGGACACUAGGUAAUUAGCACGUCAGGCAGAGAUACACCCAAGGCCAUAGCGCCUGGAGACCUUGCCGUACCCGUGGCUCAGGUCCUGGGGACUGCAGGGCACCUGGAACUGAGGGCCCUGGUGGGCAGGGGUCCGUGGCCUUAAGUGGGAAUGUGGGGCCCGAGUAACACAGGUCUCCACGUGCCAGGAUCUGUGUGAAGAGUCACAGACUGGCAAGUGUGGGGACCAGGCCCCGAGGCAAGGUACUCGGGCGCUCAGACACCAACGCCUGGGCCCUGACGCCCUCCAAUUCCACACACUCACCGUCUCAGACCUGAGCCUUUACAGCCCGUGUUCGUAGUGCCUCACCCUUGGGGACCGCUGGUGCCUGUGGCCUGGGGUCCAUGUCCUUGGACUCAUGGGUGUUCAGAAGCCUCUAGCUGACUCCUCCACCAGCGGGGCAGGGCCCUGGAGAGUCUGGGACCCCCGUCUUCUCAUGCUGGUGUUGAGAUGGCAGGUCCUAAGCUGCCAACAAUGCUGGCACCAGGGCCAUUCCUCCUGUCCAGGGCAGGAGCCAGAUGUUGAGUUGGGCCUUUCUUAUGUAUGGGUGACCUGGGACUCCAAAGGGCCCAAGCUCUGCCUUCUAGAAGAUUUUGCUUUCAAGGUCCUCAAAACGUUGAAAGCUAUCUUCUCCACAGAAGCCCUUGGACUCCUUGGUUGUCACGUUGAGGCCCCUGGUGUCCUUGAUCCAGGACAGAAGUGAACCUGCAUCUCAGCUUCCUUCUAGUCCAGGCGAUGUCCUCCUAUCAUAUCCCCUGGAGCCCAGGCUUCUCCUCUGGGGCCUUUGGAGUGGGAGGCUGUAGACUCCAUGCCUGCAGACAAGGCUGCGUCCAGCGCCCCUCUGUCCUCUCCCAGACUGCACCUGCCAGUCCUGCCUCCUUGGCCAGGGUCCUCAGCUCCCUGCCCGGGGUCCCAGCCCCUCCAUGACCAGCCUUCUCUCCUCUCCAGGAGGUGAAGAAGGGGCUCCAGUACCGGGGCCAGAACCAGACCGAGAGGCCCGUUUUCCUGAACGUGGUCCAGGCCGUGUCCCAGGACGGGGCCUGCGUGUACGCCGCAGCGGA